GCUGUUCGUGCUUCUACAGAAUCGGUUACACAAUUUCUGACAUUAAAAACACAAAUAUGGUUUCAUCAAUCAAGAAGGAAAUGAAAACUAUAUUCUGCAAAGUGCAGUAUAAUAAAAUCGAUCAUCCACAGUACAUCAAGAGACUCACGAAAUUAUACGAGAGAAUCGAUUUCGAUACAUUUUGGAACUGUUUCAUCUCAUUUUUGAAAGUUCCUCUUACGAUGGCGCAACAACACUUGUAUAUCAUAAAUACGUUAGAGUUUUGUGCCAAAUUCGUAGUGAGCUUCUAUUCUACUUCGGAGAACGAAAGCAUGGAACCAAUGUCUCCGUUUGCUAACAAGUUAUUCAAAUUUCUCUUAUCGCAUCACAGUGCUAAAGAUAAAGCAGUCAGGUUUCGCAUAUGUCACUUUCUAAACAUACUUUUAAACUCUAUGGGCGAUGAUGCUUUCAUCGAUGAUAAUCUGUGCGAUCAAAUUACAGUCACUAUGAUGGAUCGGUUGUUGGAUAAAUCGCCCAAAGUCAGAGCGCAGGCUGUUUUUGCUCUGCACAGAUUGCAAGAUCCAUCAGAUGAACAAUGUCCUGUAAUAAAAAUGUAUGUAUUUCAUGUAUCUAAGGAUCCAAGUGCUGAGGUUCGCAAGGCGGUCCUCUCCUGUAUGGGUAAAAAUCAAAAGACCUUACAAGCUGUAUUGAUAAGAACACGAGAUAUUGAUGAUUCUGUGCGCAAGAUGGCAUUUGAAUUUAUCAGUAAAAUCACAGUGCGUUCCUUAACUAUCGAACAAAGAGAACGCUUGUUGAAAGAUGGUCUCAAAGACAGAUCCGAGAAUGUCAGAAAAUGUGUGAGCAAUGUUUUGUUGCCAACAUGGUUACGAUGCUACAAAGGAGAGUAUUUAAAUCUUGUUCAUGCUCUGGAUGCUGGAAUAGGAACAGAAACUGCUACCUUAGCUUUACAAGUAUUAUUCAAAGAUGCCAAUUUAAAAAAUUUAUUGGAGCAAGUGCCAAUAGAUAAAGACACAAGAUUAAUUCCACUGACAAAUAUAUCGAAUGAAAAUGUUUUGUUUUGGAAAUGUGUCAUAAAACAUCUUCAGUAUCAUUCGUAUACGGAAGAAUUAGAAUUAAUUAUUCCAGAAUUAUCAGGAUUUUGUACAUAUAUCUAUGAUUAUAUGACUCUCAUAUCUUCCAAAUCAUAUGAAGUAUGGGAAAAAGAGUGUCAUAAGUUUAUUCUACUACAACUCUUUGAGAUAUCCACAACUUAUGAUCUUGCAGAUGAAGUGGGCAGGAAGAAACUGAACGAAUUAAUGGUAGAUGCUCUAAUGAGCGAUCAUUGCUACGAUAAAAUAAUUGAAUGUACAGUGAACCAUUUGGCAAAAGUGAUACCAGAUACCAAUAAUAUGCUAAACAUUAUUGCCAAUAUUAUUAGUGAAAUUAGAUUACCUUCAUGCGAAAAUUUAGAUACUGAGCAAGUUACUGUAGAGCAACAACAGGAGAAAAACAUGCAAAAAGCAAGAUUGAAGGUUGAUAUAUUGGAACUCGAAGAAGAAUUAUAUCAAGCAGUCAAGGAAGAGAAUUUUCUAGAAGCUGAUAGUAUAAAAGAGAAGAUCAAGGUGUUGAAAGAGGAAAUUACUCAAUUAUCCAAGAUUCCUGAAGUAGUAAUAGUCGACGAUAUGCGUGAGGAAAAAAAUGAUUCCAUAACUAUGAUAAAGUGCCUCAACAUCUUGUACUUUGCAAUGCAAUCCAUUCACACAUUAACGCCCACACUCAAGAGUUUAAUGUCUCUUGUUUUAAAUAGUCUUGACCAUCCCGACGAUAAUGUGCAUGUAUUAGCGCUAAAAUUGUUGAGCACUUAUUGUAUACUGGACAAAGAAUUAGCUAAAAAACAUAUAAUGAUAUUUUUCUAUCAAUUUUCUUACGAGCAAGAGAAUCAAGAAAAUUGGAUUGUUGCCUUGAAGGCAAUAUUCGACCUUUUACUCAUAUAUGGUUUGGAAUAUUUUGAAAAUUUGCAAAUUCAGGAAGAGAAUUCUGAGAAUAAAUCUGAAAAGAGUCGUUUGCUUUACACACAUGAAGACAGUAUCGUUUCUAUAAAUAAACGGAUUGAUAUAGAGAAGGGUCCUUGCAAUUUUAUUAAAAUUUUAAUAGGAUUACUAAACAAUGCGAAUCAAGACAUGCGCACUAUUGCUACAGAAGGAUUCUGUAAACUGCUGCUCAACCAACGGAUUAGUAGCAGUACUCUCAUAUCGCGCUUGAUAAUUCUGGCCUAUAAUAAAGCAAAUAUUGAUGAUAUUUAUCUUCGACAGUGCUUAAGCGUUUUUUUCGAGCAUUUUAUCGUACGUGUACCUGAAGCACAAGAAAUGCUCGAAAGCGCAUAUUUUCCCACUCUACGAGCUCUUUGCGAUGCACCAGAUGUUAGUCCAUUACGGGAGAUUGAUAUAUAUCACGUUUCUAAAUUUAUACUGAAUUUAACGAGUCGAGGAUAUCAAAAAACAGAAGUUCAAACGUUUUGCACACACAACAAUCUUGCAUUUGCCAUAUUGGCCGAGAUUCUAAAUUCGGAAAGCAAUAUAGAUAAAGAUAUUCUCAUAAAAUCUCUAACGAAUUUGCAUAUUCAAAUAGAGGAUGCUCCAUCAAAACAAAAUUUGCAAGAAGCCAUUGAGAAUGUUACAAAUAUGGUGAAGCAUUCUGACAGACGGUUACUGAAAUAUAUUCAACAGUUCAAACAAAAAUUAGAGGCGCCUGAGAUAAUGGAAGUGGUGGAAGAAAAUAGUGGAAGUGACAGUGAAAACUAAAUAUGGUUCACAAUUUUUGAAUCUUUUAAAUAAUAUGUAUUAAAUAAG